AUGGCCUUUUGGGUGCUUAAUGCUGCCGCCGGUGGUCCGCCCGACGACAGCCAGCAGCCAUGGCACCCUGGUCAGCAAGACAGUAAUUAUCCCUACGACGACUACAGAAGCCCGCCGUUCCAGCCACCAUUUGACCAAGAUCAUAUAUACCACCGGCAUGACGCAAACGGGUACAACUUUGAAGCUCGUCGCUUUGAUCACGCCGAGAGCUACAGUGGAAAACAAGCUGCACCCUCCAUGCAGAUCAAGAACCUCGCUUUCUUGGUCAUUCGUGAGCAGCACCCCGAUAGCCCACCUCCAGAGGCAUGCGCGCGUUCUGCAGCACCCGGCAGCACCCACGACAACAGCUUCACCCAAACCCCUGGUCCACGGCGUCCUGCACCUGUGGAGCGCACCGAGUCAGGGCUUGCCAUCUCGGAUACAGUUGCUCACGAGGAUGGGGACGAGGACGAGGAGCAAGGAGGGCCUUUCCUUGACGACCUAGCCGCCGCCCAGCUCGUGCGUGACCACGUCGCCAGUUUCCAGAGGCGCUGCCCCGACUCACAAUCUGGACGCAUCCUUCGUUCACUGAUAAAUCCCAAGAACGACCGCAGGCAGCCCUCGUCGCGGAGUCGGAGUCAGCAGCGAAGGCAGUCAGACAUACCGCAUCGCCGCGAUGACAGCCCACGUGCCACGACGUCGACAUCUUCCGGUUCUCCCCUCGACAACGAUGCCUUGGGUAGCGUCUUCUCCGCCGCUAACGAGCUCUUCUUCGCCAACCGCCUUGCGCGCCGUGUCGCCUGGGAUUGGAGCCACCCAGGCAGCGCGCAGUACCAGAGCGCCGUCGUCGGUACCACGGCGCUGCGUCGCUGCGCUCACCUCGGCGGCUGGGAGACGCUGAUUGUGCUCUCAUCACCAGUGCUGCGGGAUACGCGGUAUAACCGCCGGCUGCUUCUGUCGACCUUCUUACACGAGAUGAUUCACAGCUUUCUCUUUGUGACGUGUGGUCGGAAAGCAGGCCGGCAGGGUGGACACACGGAAGGCUUUCUGCAAAUUGCCAAAGUGAUUGAUGCGUGGGUGGGCAAGGAGUACCUGCGGCUGAGCGACAUGCAGGCCGAUCUACAAUACUUUGAGGAUGGGACCGCCGUGCCCGCGACGCCGUGCAUGGGAUACAGGCAGAUGGUGCACGACCACGGCGGUGCAUGUGGACAGGAGCCAUCACUGAGAGCUGCUGCUGCUGUUCCGGCGUGGCAGCUAGACAAGGAAAGAAAUGUAUGGCCAUAUCCCAGCGGCGAUGGUGGUGCCACAGGACACGGCAUGUAUCUGAAUGAGCCGGUGUUGCCGCCACCGCAUCAAUUUCGACAUCCGGACGACGGUGCCUGGCAGUGGUACGAGAGGGAGGGCUUCGAGGCCCGCGACGGACCGGUUCUUGGGACUCGUUAUUAG